UUCAACGAUGAAAAAUGUGACAGAAGAAAUGGAUUCAAUGUCUCAGAGAACUUUCAGAUCUCAUUGUGUGUGGUGUAAUAUUGGAAGUCAUUAAUAUUAGAUUUAGUAAUCAUAUAAUAGAGAAUCAAUAUCGUCACCAUGCUGCUUUAUUCAUAUGUGGAGCUUCAUCUGAAGAUAAGGAAAUUUUUUUUUUUUAUUUAGCUUCUAGAAUUUUUGUCUUUCUGACUUAAAAUAAGUACUACAAAAUGAGGCUGUUUGAUGUGGAAUAACUAAAACUGCAUUAUUAGAAAAACUCUUAUCUAUAUAAGAUAGAGUGAAAUGCUUUUUGUUGUGGUUCUCACAGAUGCAGAGCAGUGCCUGCAGUGCCCUGAAGAUCAAUAUCCCAAUAGGGAAAGAGAUCGCUGCCUCCCCAGGACUGUGACUUUCCUGGCCUAUGAGGAACCUCUGGGAAUGAUUCUGGCCUGUGCAGCCAUCUGCUUCUCCCUCCUCACUGUGCUGGUCCUGGGGGUUUUUGUGAAGCACAGGGACACCCCCAUAGUCAAAGCCAAUAACCGCAGUCUCAGCUACACUCUGCUGGUCUCCCUCAGCCUCUGCUUCCUCUGCUCCUUGCUCUUCAUCGGCCAUCCUACCACAGCCACCUGCCUGCUGCGCCAAACCACAUUCGCAGUUGUCUUCACGGUGGCCGUUUCCUCCAUUUUGGCUAAAACCAUCACUGUGGUUCUGGCCUUCAGGGCCACCAGACCAGGGAGCAGGCUCCGGAGCUGGCUGGGAUCCACAGCAUCUUACUCUCUCAUUUUCACCUGCACCCUCAUCCAAAUGUGUCUCUGUGGCAUCUGGCUUGUAACAUCCCCCCCCUUCCUGGAGAUGGACAUCCACUCUGAGCCUGGCUCCAUUAUCAUCCAGUGCAAUGAGGGCUCCUUCCUCAUCUUCUACUGUGUCCUGGGCUACAUGGCCUUGCUGGCCUUGGCGAGCUUCACUGUGGCUUUCCUGGCCAGGAACCUGCCGGACACUUUCAACGAAGCCAAGUUCCUGACCUUCAGCAUGCUUGUGUUCUGCAGCGUCUGGAUCUCCUUCCUGCCCUCGUACCAGAGCUCCAAGGGCAAGGCCAUCGUGGCCUUGGAAGUCUUUGCCAUCUUGACCUCCAGUGCCGGGAUUCUCGCUUGCAUCUUUGCUCCCAAGUGCUAUGUGAUCCUUCUGAGAUCAGACAGAAAUACCCUGGAGAUCCUGAAAAGGAAAGGUACUUCCUGAGAAGCCAGGGUGUCCCAGGUUCUUCCUCACCAUUCACAGUGACGUAGCUCCUUAGCUGCUGUAGUCUUAAAAAAAAUGUUUUAAAUUUAGCUGCCUACUCUGCCUUCUAUUUUCUGUUAAUACAAUCUCUUUCAUUGUCAACUGACUCUUAUGGCAUUUUGAAAGCAGUCAUAUUGCAUGAUUUCUGAGUAGAAAUAAAGCAAUUGUUAUCUUGAAAUAUUUUGUAUAUGGCAGACACUUAGUAGAUGAGUUAUGAUUUAAAAUAAUGCUGUAAUAAAUCAAUUAAUUUACAGGUAUGAAUGUCAAAGUUCAAAGUAACCUUUGAUAAGUCCAUCCAACCCCCUGAGUUAUUGAUUUCUUAUUUACAAAAUUGGAACUUUAAUAUUUUCUCAAUUUGUGAAUCUGAUAUCAAUCAUUACGUUUCUCAAAUGUUAUUGGAGAAAUGAACAUAUCUCUGAGAGAAGAUUUACUGGAGCACGUAUAAGACCCAGUGAUUUUGCUGAAUAAUAUAAUUAUCAACAAAUAUGUAUAAGAAGUUAUUAUGACUUUCCUUCUUUUGUAUGAUUUAUGUAAUUGUAAAGUCAUGUAGAAGUAUUGUCUUAUUUGUUCCCUGCCAUUACUUUUGGGAAUUAUACUGAUUUUCAAAAGACACAAUAAAAAUGAGAGUUUUCAUAUUUUAGAAGUUAACCUAUUUCCUUUAAAAAAUAUUUUUGAGGUGAUAUUAUUUAUUCAUGCAAUAUCCCAUCACUCCUUAUUGGGCAACAUUCUACUAUCUGUUUUCUUUUUGUGAGAAAUAUGAAUAUUUUCUGAGCAAGAAUAAUUUGGAUUGAUGAAAUUCUGAGCUUUCCUCAAAACAAUAAACAGGACAGACUAAUGUCUCUACUAAAAAUACA